AUGUUACUCUGUUUUCUUUUAUUCUCUCGAUAUGCUUUCCAUCGUAUUCUUCAAAUAACAUUUCUUUCUUUCAUUUCUUCACUUUUAUUCAGUCAAUAUGAUUUCCAUCGUACUUUUUUCAGCUUAUAUUCUUUUUUCAUUUUCUUUCGUUUUUCUUCAGUCUAUAUUCCCUCUUUUUUUUUUUUUACUUUCCUCUGUUUGCUUUCAAUCGUAUUUUUUCAGUCUAUAUCCUUUUACGUUAUUUUCUUUCGCUUCUCUUCAGCCUAUAUUCCCUCUUUUCUCUCUCCGAUUUUACACUUUCUAUUUGCUUUCCACCGUAUUUUUUCAGUCUUUAUUCUUUUUUGCAAAUCUUACUUCACUUUUCUUCAGGCAAUAUUACUUCUUUUCUUUUUUCCGCCAUUAUUCCCUCUAUAUGCUUUUCACCGUAUUUUUUCGCUCUAUCGUCUUUUUUUAUUUUUUAAAUACUAUAUUUUAUAUUCCCUUCUGUUUUCAUCUUUUCUUAAUUUCUUUAAGUUUUCGUCAAUCUAUAUUCUUUCUUGA